AUGAAAACACCAGCUACAACAGUCAUACCAGUCACAAAAGUUACAACAGUGAUAUCAGUCACAACAGUUACAACGGUCAUACCAGUCGCAGCAGUUACGACAAUCACAGCAGCAACAACAACGACAACUCUUUUAAUUGCUGGUGGUGAUGAUGGAUUAUUCUUAUUUUUAAACAGUGCAGAAUUGUUCGAUCCAUCAACAGGCAUGUGGACACAUGCAGAUAAUAUGAAUAUUCACCGAAGCCAACACACGGCCACUGUGUUAAAAACUUCCAAAGUUUUAGUUACUGGUGGCGAUAAUACUAAUCGAGUAAUCAAUAGUUCAGAAUUAUAUGAUCCAUCAACAGAGUUAUGGAGUAACACUGGCAGCAUGAAUCAACGGCGAUUUACGCAUACUGCAACUCUAUUAGCAAAUGGAAAAGUGUUAGUUGCUGGCGGACAUGAUUCUGAUUUUGUGCUAAGUAGUGCGGAAUUAUACGAUCCAUCAACGGAGUCGUGGACAAAAACUGGCAGCAUGAAUUGUAAGCGAUUUAAUCAUAGAGCAACUCUAUUAGAAAAUGGAAUGGUAUUAGUUAUCGGUGGAUAUGUAGAGAGUUGUCUGGGAAGUACUACAGAAUUAUACGAUUCAUUAACAGGAUCAUGGACAACAGACGAAGAUUUGAAUAUGAAACAAGACAAAGAGCACACUGCAUCGGUUUUAAACAAUGGAAAAGUUUUAGUAGCUGAUAAUCAUUAUUAUGUGUCUUUUUUGAGUAAUGCAGAAUUUUAUAGUGCAUCAAAAGAAGUUAUUACAGAAGCUAACAAGAAGAACACUACAUGA